GGGAGGAUAAGCCACUCACAUGGCUUCUUCUCUCUCUCCCAGGGCUGCCAGGAAGUCAUACAGGGACUCCUACCUCUCUCUUGAACUUUGAGAUCCAGACACAGAAGUCUUCCAUGGCUCAUCAAAUCCACAAAUACCAGGAAAAUUAUCGCAAAUGGGUCGUGGGCUUGUUCUCCAAGGUGAUGACCGAGCACCUUCCCACAACCUUCCACCACAUCCUAAAGCUGCCCCGAACCCUUGUGCUCUUGCUUGCAGGGCCCCUUGCCCUAUUCCUGGUCUCUGGCUCCUGGGUCCUGACCUUCGUGGCCAGCCUUGCCCUCCUUGCUGCCCUGAGGUUUCCUGCCAAAUACCACUGGAUCCAGUUUGAGGUCAUUCUUUGCACAGACAUGUCUGACAUCACCAAAUCCUACUUCAGUGAGAGUGGCUCCUGCUUCUGGGUGGUUGAGUCUGAGGGGCAGGUCGUGGGCAUGGUGGGAGCACCACCUGUUAAGAAGGCCACCCUGUGGAAUGAGCAGUUGCAGCUGCUUCACCUACGUGUGGCCCUGGAGCACCGUGGUCAGGGGAUAAGUAAAGCCCUGGUCAGGACUGUCGAGUCUGCGUGGCACCAGGGUUACAGCAAAGUGGUCCUCAGCACCAGCACACUGCAGUACUCUGCCCUGGCCCUUUACCAGCGCCUCGGCUUCUGGAAGAUGGGCUAGUUUUUCUUCUCCACAAGCUAUAGGCUAGUUGCUGUCUCUGCAAUUCAAUUUAUCUACCGUCUCCCCUCUGCUCAGGUCUCUCAGGCACUGGAGCAAGGAGGGGGCCCUAUGAUCUGUGUCAUUGUGGAUUAGUUAGGAGGGAUCGGCUCUGCUGCAGUAAUAAGCAAAUCCUGAAGUCUCACUGCGACGACACAGUAAAAGCUUACUGCUUGUUCACAUUGGAACCCGAUGGCCUUGGUGGUGGGGUGGCU